AUGUGCCAACGUGCCAACUUUAUCCACCAUUCAUUACUAGCCAUUGAUAUCGAGACUACACCAUGCGAUGACCGCCCACAUGCUCGAACUCUACCCUGGAACUGGUUCCUCGAUCCUUCUCCGGGCAUCCUCGGAGGCACAGCCUUAAAGCUCCUGUGCAUUAAAAGCCCUGAAGAGCUUCACAAAAUGAGUUUAUUCGGUCUGUACUGGGAUGUGGUCGGUUAUUAUCCGAAACCCCAGAUUGGGCUCAUAUAUCCACGACUCUUCCAGAAGUCAACCCGCCGGGAACAGCAUGAUGCGGGGAGAUCUCUCCCUUGGGAUCUAUUCAAGCUUUCCGCCGAUCUGCAAACCCGGAUAUCUUCGGCUUUCUUUGUUGGAAUUAUAUCCAAGGUUGCACUUGUAACGUCGCACCACCUUAAUUCGAUGAUCAUUCCACUUCUCAAUUCGUUCCUUUUGACGCAGCUCAUAUGGACUAGAUUAGCGAAUUCGACAUUUUACGAAUUGACUGCUCCUAUAUAG